AUGCCCAAGAACAAGGGAAAGGGCGGUAAGAACCGUCGUCGUGGAAAGAACGAGAACGACAACGAGAAGCGUGAGCUUGUCUUCAAGGAAGAAGGCCAGGAGUAUGCGCAGGUCGUGAAGAUGCUUGGUAACGGCCGUCUCGAGGCCCUUUGCUUCGAUGGCGAGAAGCGUCUCGCUCACAUCCGUGGCAAGCUCCGCAAGAAGGUCUGGAUCAACCAGGGUGACAUUAUCCUUCUCUCGCUGCGUGACUACCAAGACGAAAAGGGCGACGUCAUCAUGAAGUACACCGCCGAUGAGGCCAGAAGUCUCAAGGCCUACGGCGAGUUGCCCGAACACGCCAAGAUCAACGAGACCGACACCUACGGCCACGAGGGCUUCGAGGACAACGUCGAGUUCGACGAGGACCGCGAGAGCGAAGACGAGAAGGAGAUCGAUGUCGACGAGCUCUAA